UGCUCCACCUGCUGCUUCAUUAGUCAAAUGGCUUCAGCUGGAGCACAAGCGGAGUUACGGCGUUUAAUCCCCAAGAAAAACAGCACGUCGCUCGUUUGGGACUAUUUCGGCUCUGAGGCCGCAGACGUGCAGCAGAAACAGGUUCUGUGCAAAACCUGUGGCGCUGAAGCUGAAAGUGUGAAAAUGAUGCUCAGGCCCGAAGAAGCGAACAGACAAUUCCAGCAUGUUUUACCAGCGUCACUCCGGAUGAUAAGAGCAGCCGAAGACACCGGGAGACAACGACUGCCAGAACACACUACACUGCCGAGGACAUGCUGACUGUUAACACGGUCACCGAAGACGGAUUUAAAAACCUCCGCCACUCGCUGGACACAAGAUCUGUGAUUCCCUAUGGGCAGAGAUAAGCUCGAACUUUUCUGGUGUAGACAGCUUCACUAGUUAAAACAGAAGCGUAUAUUUUCAGUCUGAAAGAUGACACUAAAAUGUAGCUGGUGUGUGUGUUUUUUGAGAAUAUAAAUAUGUUUUCUCUCUCCUGUUGUAGGUGCUUUGGGGUUUCCCAUGCGUGGUAUGAACAGCAGCGCAGCGCCUCAAUUAAGUCGAAGUGGUCUGAACCUCAACUCACCUGGGAAAUGCAGCGACUCACAGGCUCUAGCUUGAAAAGAGGAAACGAAAAAUUAAUGGGCCGAGAUGUCUGUCUUCAUUUACGUCCGCAUAAACGACUUAAAAGCGCCGUCUUUGACCCACUUACUCUAAGUUGCUGAUUCAAACAACUACUCUGUGAAGAUGAGCGGAAGAGGAAAAGGAGGCAAAGGACUCGGUAAAGGAGGCGCCAAGCGUCACCGUAAAGUUCUCCGUGACAACAUCCAGGGAAUCACCAAGCCCGCCAUCCGCCGCCUGGCUCGCCGUGGUGGCGUCAAGCGUAUAUCUGGCCUGAUCUACGAGGAGACCCGCGGUGUGCUCAAGGUCUUCCUGGAGAAUGUCAUUCGUGAUGCCGUCACCUACACCGAACACGCUAAGAGGAAGACGGUGACUGCUAUGGAUGUGGUCUACGCUCUCAAGAGGCAGGGCCGCACUCUGUACGGCUUCGGCGGUUAAACCAGACCUGAACUUACAACAACACAACGGCUCUUUUCAGAGCCACACAAAUCACACAGAGAGCCAAUUUCACACCAACAUGUUGCUGUAACUUUGGUAUAUGUCACUUUAUUAGGUUUAAUUUCAAAAAGGCUUUUAACGUUCAGUUUAUACUUUGGCAAGAGCCAGAUAUGAUGUCGUUAAGUCUUAGUUAUGGUUAGUUAUGGUUAGAAGAACUAACUUUUUCAAGUAAGUACUAUUACUACUAGUACUUACUAAUGUGAAUUUGGGAAAUUAUUUUAUUACCAAAAUAAAGUAUAUAUGGAUGAAUUACUAAUGUACAAAAUGUACAUCAUAUCAAAUGUUCAUGGCUUCUUGUGUGCAGGUUAUCAGGUAUCAAAGCUGGUUUAAAGGAAAAACAACUGAUGUGUGGCUGUUUUAUAUUAUACAUAUGUAUAAUCAAGCGUCAACAGCUUUGCUGCAAAUUAACUGACUUGAUAGUAGCUGAUAGUAUUAUGUUAUAUUGUGUUGAAGGACAAACGCUGCACAUGGGUUUAUGUUGUGUAGUUUUCUUAUAGAAAAGCAGCUCUUAGUAGAAAAGUAUGUGGCUCUUAAAAGAGCCGUUGUUUUCACUUUACUCUGACGACUUUAAGCCCUCUCUCCGCGGAUACGGCGAGCCAGCUGGAUGUCCUUGGGCAUGAUGGUGAC